AUGUCUCGCCACCACCCCGAUCUCGUCAUGUGCCGGAAACAGCCCGGUAUCUCUAUCGGACGUGUCUGCGACAAGUGCGACGGCAAAUGCCCCGUGUGUGACUCGUACGUGCGGCCGACGACUCUGGUGCGUAUCUGCGACGAGUGCGCGUUCGGAAACUACCAGAACAAGUGUAUCGUGUGCGGUGGGGAGGGAAUCAGCGACGCGUUCUACUGUUUUGAGUGUACACGGCUUGAGAAGGACCGAGACGGGUGUCCGAAGAUCAUCAAUCUGGGUAGUUCGAGGACGGAUUUAUUCUACCAGAAAAAGAGUUUUCGAAAUCAUUGA